AUGGCGUCCACACGCCUCGAGCACUGGUUCGCGUCGGUCGCGCCGGCCGAGCACGCGAGCGGGCUCGCCGUGUGGCUGUUUGGCCUCGAGCUGGACGCGCGAGACGACAGCAGCACGCCCGCCGCGUACGAGCUCGUCGAGCGCCUCGCCAAGCACACGUUCAAGACGGUGCGCGGCGGCGACCCCCUCACGGUCCAGCUUGUCGGGCCCCUCGACACGGCUCGCUCCAAGGCCGCCGGUGUCCCCGAGGCCUACCGCGAAAGCUUCGAGGCCGGCAUCAGCGAGCACGUCGACACGCUCCUCCUCACCGCCCGCACCCUCCCGCCCCCACCUGUCGACCUCGACGCGGCCUUUCCUGUUCCUGCACCGCGCGACGCCCUCGACGCCGCCAUCAACGGCACCGACCGUCUGCCCCGUUCGCUCUUCGACCUCGGUACGGGCUACCGUGCGCCCCACGACGUGCCGCAGAGCCGCUCGGAGCUCGCUGAAGAGCUGCGCCAGGCCAAGCUCCGCGCCGACAAGGGCAAGGAGCGUGUCGACGAGGACGGUGCCGAGGGCCGCGUCGUCCAGCCGGACCGGGACGAGGUCCGGCCGGCGGAGAAGGUGCAGGAGGCGGUCGAGGAGGAGGCGGCAGGAGGAGAAGGCGAGGCCGAGGACCGCGACCCGCCCGGCGACGCGCUCGACGAGCCCCUGGAGCGCGCCGACAUGCCCACACCGACAACCGCCGUCGACACGGCUGCGCCAGAAGCCGUCCCUCCCGCCGCCGACGACCGCGCUCCCGCUCCCUCAGCCUCCACCGCCACAACAGCCCUCGCCUCCCCCUCUCCCGCCGGCCCCUCGAUCCCGCUCCCGCACCUCUCGAUCCCCUCCCUCGCGCCCACUUCGCGCUCUCGCCCUCAACCCCUCCCCCUCCCAGCGCGCGUCCCGAAACCCCGCCCCUUCCUCGCCGCCACCGUCUCGACCUUCUUCCGCAGCCCGACCUGGCGCACCGCGCACGCGCACUACCGCGGCACGUCGAGCGCCGUCGUCGCUGUCGAGGUCGCGAUCGCGCGUGCGCUCGCGCAGGGGCUCGGCGCGCUCGGCGGCGCGGGCGGGCUGGAGGAGGACAAGGCGCCCGAGGAGGGGACGGGUGCGCCUGCGGUCGUCGAGCCGGCGCAGACGGGGCCCGAGGAGGUCGUUGGCCCGGUGGCGGCGGUCGAGGCGGGAGCGGCAGUCGAGGAGGACGGUGAGCGGGUCGAGGUCGCGGUCGUCGCGCAGGACGCGGCGCCAGAAGCGGUCGCGCCCGAGAGCACGGCCGCCGAGCCGGCUGUGGCCGAGGCGCCCGUCGUCGAGGACGUCGACAUGUCCGGCGAUGCGCCGGCACGCUCGCCGUCGCCGUCGCUCGUCGUUGCAGAAGCCGGUUCGCCGGCCGGUGCGGCAGCCGCCGGCGAGGACGUCGUCAUGCGCGACGCCGACGACGUCGAGCAGGAGGUUCAGGAGGUCAAAAGGGCCGAGGAGGUUGGGCAGGGCGAGCAGGUCGAUGAGCUCGAGGUGCAGGAGAUCGAGGUCACGGAGGUUGUCGAGGAGGCACAAGCCGCCGCAGCAUCUGCUGCCGCUCCCGGCGACUCGCGCGCGCACCUCGCCUCGCCGUCACCAUCCUCGCGCCACUCGUCCCCCGAGUUCCCCCUUCCCUCCUCCUCCGUCGGCUUCUCGUCCCUCUUCCACGACUCGACCGACGACGACGCCGACGCCGCCGCGUCCGCCGACCUCACCGCGCAGGCCAUCAGCGACUUUGUCGAGCGCGACCUCGCGAGCAGCGUCGCCGACGAGGACGAGUACGUCGCCGAGCAGCUCCUCUCGGCGAGGACGCCGACUGCCGCGACGCCGACCAAGCAGCGCGCAGCCGCCGAGGUCCCCGACACGCCUACCGCGAGCUCGGCGCGCCCAGCGUCGGCUGCGCGCGAGCUCGUCCAGGCGCCGCACGAGCAGGUCGACGCGACGGCGCAGCCCGAGCCGCAAGGCGAGCAGCGUGCCGUCGAGCUCGUCGUCGAGGAGGAGGCGGUUGUGGUCGAGUCGAGCGAGAAGGGCGGCGCGCACGAGCCGCACUCACCGGUUCAAGCCGGCCCGUCCACGUCCGCUCUCGCGUCGGCGACUUCGCUCGAGCAUUUCGCCACCUCGGGCGAAGCGUUCGCGAUGCCCGUCGUUGCCGAGGAGGUGCGCGUCGAGGAGGAGCAGGAGCAGGAGCUCGCCGCUCCCGCGCCUUCCGCCGCCGCAGGCGCUGACAGCGGUUCGCCCGACGACUCGCCCGUCGAGGACGUCGUGCACGAGACGAUCGAGGGUGUCGCCGAGACGGUCGCAGCAGAGCUCGUCGCCACGGCGGUCGGCGAGGCGGUCGAGCCCAUCGCCGGCGCCGCCAUCGGCGAGGCGGUCGCCGAGCUCGCGAGCGACGUCGCAGGCGGCGUCGUCGGCGAGGUCGUGAGCGAGAUCGUCGACGCGGCGUCGGCCGUCAUCGACUCGUUCGCGCAGCACUCGGCGAGCGCGGCCGGAUCGGCGGCGGCGAGUGCGGCCGGGUCGCCUCGCGCCGCCACGCGCUCGAGCCCUCGGGCGUCGUCUUCCGUCGCGUCGCCGCCGAGGAGGCGGUCGCAGAGCAUGCGCUGGGCGCCGAGCAUCCAGGGUCAGACGGCCGUCGCGCAAGAGCCGGCCGGCGAAGCAGGGCGGGAGGGCACCGCGACCGUCAAGACCAAGUCGCGCCGUUCUCUCGCCUCGACCUCGCCCUCCCGUCAAGGCGCCGACCUCGAGCAGGCGGCGGCGCAGCCCGCUCGCCCACCCGCCACCUCGGUCAACGGAGCAUCGGCCGUGCCCAACGACCCGGCCUCGGCGCCGACGACCCGGAAAGCCCGUGCGCCGCCGUCGCCUCGCAAGGUCGCCCGCUCGCCGCCGCACGACGUCUUUGGCCCUGUCGCCACGACCUCGCCGUCGACUUCGGCUGGCCCUACUGCAGCCGUCGGCCGCAAGAAGGGUGCCGCCAUCCACGACUCGACGCGUGCGUCGACGUCGUCGGCGAGGUCCGGCAAGGCGGCGCCGGCGCCCAAGCCUGUCCGAUCGACCGGCCCUGCACUGCGUCGCAAGCGCAACUUCCUCGUCUUUGACGGCGUCGAGAUCCCGGUGCGCUCGACCUCGCGCCCGUCGCGCAAGCAGGCUGUCGUCCCGGUCCGCGACCCGCAGCCGUCGACCUCGGCCGCUCCGGCGCCGCGCGCACGUGCCGGCUCGUCGAGCGCGCCUCGCUCGACCAAGCGCAAGCGUGAGUCGCUGUCGAGGGCGCCCUCGAACGGGCAGUCGCGCCAGCGCGAGCCGGUUGCCCCCUCGUCGAGGAGGCGCACAUCGUCCUCGCGCGCCCUCGUCGCCGAGGCCGCCUCGGACUCGGACGACCCGCUCAGCCGUCCCGAACCGCUCGCGAGCACGUCGCGCGUCACGCUCGCGGCGCAGGAGAGCGACGGCGACGACGCCGAGGUCGCCAUGAUGCUCAGCCCGAAGGCCAAGACGAGCAACGAGCGGCGCCACGAGUCGUCGAGCGUGCAGCAGUCGAACGAGGAGGGGCAGAACCAGGACGUCGAGUCGUCGCCCGUCGUCGUCGCCCCGGCCUCGUCGUCGCGCAAAGUCAGCGGGCGCAAGCGCGUCAUCCCGUCCUCGUCGCCGCCGCCAGUCGAGGACGCCGCUCCUCCCUCGAAAAAGCCGCGUCGCUCGGUCGCCAUCGCGUCCCCUCCUCCUCCAGCCGACCGCCGUCCCGCUCGCCAGCCGUCGCUCGCGGGCACGGUCCGCUCGUCGGCCACCUCGAGCGCCGCGCCGCACCAGUCGCCGUCGACGCCGUUCACGCCGUUCACGCCGGCCACCGCGCCGCCGUCGUCGGCCACCGUUCGCGACAGCGAGCGCGAGCCCGUCGCCGAGUCGUCGUCGGCGCGCCCGAAGCGGGCGCCCAAGUCGGCCGACAGGUGGUGGGACCUUCAGCGCGGCUCGAACGCGGGCGGCUCGGCGUCGUCGGGCAAGAAGCGUGCGCGUGACGACGAGUACGACGGGGAGGAGGACGGCGAGCGCGAGGGCCAGCGCAUGAAGCCCCGCAAGCCGGCCAAGCGCAAAGCUCCUGUCGCGGCGCAGCAGGCCGCAGCUCGCGCGAGGGCAGCGGCCAAGUCGGCGUCGAACUCGGUCCGCGCCGAGGACGACGACGAGGACGACGACGACGACCCGCUCAGCAUGAGUCACGCACCCGCCGUCCAGCACAAGAAGCCUGCCGCCGCGCGCUCGCCGUCGCCCGCACUCAUCGAGUCGUCGCCGCCCGUCGUCCUCGCCGCCACGGCCGCCGCUGCGCCCAAGCAGCGCCGCAAGCAGACCAUCGACGUCGUCGUCCCCUCGCGCAAGACCUCGUCGUCGGCGCGCGAGCGCAAGCCGGCCGCCGCGCCGCCGCCUCCGCAGGGCCGACCGCGAGCCAAAGCGCGCGCGAGCGGCGUCGCGGCCGUGCACAAGGUCGUCGCCGCUGCUGCGCGGCCCAAGGUCAACGGCAAGGGCAAGGGCAAGGGGCGCGCGGUCGGGACGAGCGAGGAGGAGAGCGUGUUUGAGGCGUCGAGCUCGGAGGACGAGGGGAGCGAGGAGUCGAGCGAGGACGAGGACUGAGCGGCGGCGGUCGAGGGUGGAUUCUGCUUGACGCAGAUAGCUUGGGAGCAGCUUGAGGUGCAACGCUUGUGCCGAGAACGAG